UCGUCUCAACUGUCCGCAACACCCCAUUCAUUUAGCAGCCGUAGUUCACGCACGAAGCAUUCCUUCUGUGGCUGUUUGGACGCCGCGCAGCGAUGUCUCUGUGUAGAGCGGCCUGGCAAAGAUGUGGGCCUUUGGCCCGGCAGUACCUGACGCACCGCUCCCCCCUGAUCAGAGAUGGGGUCCCUCGGAGGCUUAUGUCAUCAGUCCCUGGUGGUUCUGGGGAAAAUAUCGUUUAUGUUGUUCUCUGUGGUGGAGCCUUCGCAGCUGCACUCGCCUAUACAUACCGGACAGUGACAAGUGACCACGCCAGAUUCAAUGAUCGCAUCACUGAGAUCAAGGCUCGUCCUCGACCUGGAUGGGAACCCAAACCAUGGCCACCCAAGAACAGGGAUGAAGAAGAGGACGGAGGUGAUGAGGAAGGAGAGGAGGCUGCUGAGGCAGAGGAGGGAGCAGAGGGAGGUGAAGCUGAAGAAGAGGCGGCAGCAGCGGAGGAGUCCGCUGAGGAAGAGGGCGGAGCCGCCGAAGCGAACGGCGAAGAGGCGGCCGCGCCAGAGGAGGUUUCGUUAGAAGCAGCUGAAGCUAACGGAGAGGAGGCAGGGCCUGUGGAGACUGUGGUGGAGAGCGUUGCUGAAGCCGUCGCAGAGACGGCGGAGGUGGUCGCCGAGGUUGCUGAGGCGGUUUCCGAGGCUGCAGAGGAAGUAGCCGCUGUAGCGGAAGAGGUGGAGAAGGUGGCGCAAGAGGUAGAAGCAGCAGCAGAAGCAGUAGCAGCACCUGCUGUCCCAGCUGAAGAGGCACCAGCUGUAGAGGAGCCAGCACCAGAACCUGCUGCUCCAGAACCAGUAGCUGAAGAAGCAGCUGCUCCAGAACCAGUAGCUGAAGAAGCAGCUGCUCCAGAACCAGUAGCUGAAGAAGCAGCUGCCCCAGAACCAGUAGCUGAAGAACCAGCUGCCCCAGAGCCAGUAGCUGAAGAACCAGCUGCCCCAGAACCAGUAGCUGAAGAAGCAGCACCAGUUCCUGAACCAGUGGCUGAAGAGCCAGCUGCAGCGGCUGAGCCUGUAGCUGAGGAACCAGCAGCAGUAGAAGCAGCACUGGCUGAGGCUAUGGAGGAACCAGCAGCAGAGAGCGAUGGUACGGCAGAUGCCUCGUAAAGAGGAAGAGCCAGAAACACGGGCUUCUUACAUAAAGGCCUGACAGGCCUCUGGGUAUAAACACACUCAAAUCCGCACACAUACACACACUCUUCCCACAAUCAACAGUAUACAAUUCAAAACUGCCCAACUCAUUAACCUGUCAGUAGAAAUUUCAGGGGUGUUGUUAACCCUUUGGCAUGCAGUUAAAAAUACCAGGACACUAUGUGUACACACACACACACACGCACACAUUCACAGAAUAAUGCUGGAGACAGAGUCAUAUUUAUCCAAAACCCUUCAAAAUCAAAUCAGUGAUGUUUUAUUUCUUUUGCCCUCCAUAAAUAACCUUUUGUAUCUGUUAUUUAUUAAGGUUGUAAAGGUCAUAGAUCAUGAGCUUGAAUGUACAAAGAAGGGAAUGCACAUUAGAUAUCCUUUAUUAGAGCGUCUCUUCACUCUGUAGAAGCUUUAUGUGUGGCAUAUUGAUUGAAUUGGAUUCUGGAUGAGCCGGGUUGAAUCUCGUACCAAAUGCUGCACACCCUGUUGUGUAUAUCUUUGUUCUAAAUCAUGGGUGAGUUGAAAUGGCUAGUUUAGGUUUUAUGAAAUUGAUAGUAAUGUAUAAAUAUUGCCCUUUUGAAUUCCCUUGCCAGAUAAGAAUGAGUUAGAAUGAACAUCUCAACAAUUGCAAGAGUAAACUGGCUAAGAUACAGUGCAGUUAAAGAAGUGAUACUGAAGACUCUGUGUUGGCAGUUUGAGCUACUCAAGCCUUUUUAUGAAAUGUGACCAAAAGGAAAAACUCCUGCCUUUCUCUUUAUUUUCCUACUCCUGUAUCAGUCUUUAUCUCUCACAGCAUAGAACAAAACUCUUUUCACACAUGUAAGAGGGGGGAAGAAAAACUCUCACUCACUCCCAACAUUCACAAACCUGAGCCAGCUUCAUGUGACCUUUAACCUCUUUCCUGCCUUACUUGUUCUUUUCUGAAGCACAACUCUGCAUGCCGAAACGCAAAUGCCACCUCUGACCAACUGCUCUGUGCUUUUUUUUUUGUCUUUGAACUUUUAGUAUUUGUAUGUAGCCCCAAUACUUUGACUACCAGUAGUUACACACAACUUGCUGGAACUCGAUUUUUUUGUUUGUUUGUUUGUAAGAGGCCUUUAUAAGUUGUGCUUCUGCCAGAUAUCACUCAGUUGGUAUAUGCCAUGCCAGUGUACUGUGAAGCUUACCUUAUGGCCCUCUCUAACUCUUGGGGAACUCUGAAAGAUUUUGGCUAUGCCUGUGUAACAGUGUGUGGAAAUAUUAUUAGUUUUUGAAAUUCUCUGCUGUACAAAGGAACUGUGAGGAACUCAUAAAGUUCAAAAGGAAGUGUCCACUAUCCGUAUGUGUGGUUAUUCACAUUGCUCCUUUAACUGGCUUAAAGAGUCAUGUAUUGAAGAGAACUGGUCAAGGGAAUUCAAGCCAUCUAAUAAAGAACUGAGAACUCAAAAAUAAACA